CGUGAUUUCGCCUCACACCCGCCGUUCCCAAGCGCUCAACUUUUGAUUCUUCCGCUCCGACCAAGUGGUGGAAGCUUUUUGGCCGCUCCAUGAUCUUGCGAGUGUUCAUUGCACAGUUUUUGCUUUGGAUGAGCUUGGCGGCGGCAGAGGUUUGCUCAAUAACAACGAGGCAGGAAGGGGACAAGUUGAUCAUCAUUCGUGAUUGCCCAGAUCAUGUUGUGAUCUACACGUGUCAGGCAGCGAGUGGCUUUGACGAAGCAGUCUGCAGUGAAGAGAGCUUCACUAAGACUGUAACUUUGACCACGUCCAUUUCCACUACCCUAACCACGAGUAGAACAACCAGAACAUCAACACGCACCACUUCUACACCAACUACAGCGACGUGGACGGUGACCACUUCGACCACUUCGACAGUUGUCAGCACAACAUCAAGCAGUACCACAAUGUCAAGUACAACAACAACAACGAGCUUCACACGGACGAAAGUGAUUGAGUCUGAAACAAAUAUGAGCAACCUCACCGAGAACGGAACCGAAGACCUCAUAGUCACUUUGGCUUCGAGUACAUCCACUCGGAGCAGCUUCACAACCACGCCAAGGCCACCGGUGGAGUCAAGCACGUCCAGCGAGCUUGAUGCUUCUUCAUUCGUCCUCGUGGAAGGGUCCAUGUCCUUUGCGAAUGAGGGUGUCGAUCAAUCAGCUGCUGAAGCGGCAGUUGCAGCCUCAUUGUCCCAAGUCCUAGGCCUCCCGCUAAGCAGGAUCAGCACCAGUGCACAGACCGUCAUGAAGCCGCGUCGUUUAAGCAGCCUUUGGGAGGUGGCCUUCACGGUGCGUGCCCUUCCAGAGGAAGCGGCUCAAGUUCGAGAGAGGCUGCAGAAACUGCAGAACUCCCAGGAGUUUGUGGAGACCUUGCGGCAGGAGCUGCAGCUCCUUGGCAGUCAGCCAGUGGAUGACUUGAAGGUAAGUAUCCAAAUCGCCUCUACGGAGGAGGAGGCACCAGAAGGAGACUCCACCGAGCUGAUCAUCAUUGUGGCAGCCGUUGCGGCCUGUUUGGUGAUGUUUGGCGCUAUUUUGUGGAAAGUUUGCAGCAGCAACUCCCGAGAGUCGGAUGAGUUGCUCCACAAGAAGGAGGAGGGCGGACUGGAAGAAGAGUCGAUCCCUUCGCUUGGACGAAAUGCUCAAGGCAAUUCACUCGAGGCGACAUACUUGGGCGCAGGCUCGUGUAAUGCAGAUCCAGGUUUCCGCCCUGCCAUGGCUUCAGCCGAAGACACUACUACAGUGCCACCAGAGCGUGAAUUCUCCGAUCCACCGCUGCCACCACCUGCAGAGUCUCCUCCAACCCACAGCCUGUGGAGUGAGGUGCAGGACCAAAACUCCUCUGCCGUUCAACUUGCUGAUGUUCAUGCAGAGGUGGCUGCUAAAAGGCCAGCUUCGUCAUCUGAUUGGACGUUGGUUGAUCACCAGCUAAAUCCCAGAGUGUGCCAAGCGUUGAGCUGCGGCUGGACGGGCAACUUGAUUUGGACAGAGCUUCCGAACAUCGAGCAGACCAUGCGGCUGCCCACGAACAAGGAGUACAGAUUGACCUUUCAAAGAGGAGGUAGGUUAGUCGGGCAUUCCUCUGAUGGAUCAAAUGAGUACAAAAUCACUGCUGGCAAGCACAAAGAGUCUGGUGAAGUCUCAUGGCGAGAAGUGCCUCAAUCCGCUGUUGCUAUGGCCAUGGAAUGUCAAGGGCGUGUGCGUAUGCGUGAGUCGCGUGGGUCCAGAGCACAGUGCAAUGUCUUCGAGAUUGUUGGAGUGUUCACUGCCGUGUCCACCUCAAUAUCUGCUAGACAUCUUGGAAGCGGUCGCUUUAAGCUGACCACCAGUGCUGCUAUUCAACCAACAGCCUUGGGAAAUUCUGUGGACUAUGUGUAAGAACAAGCAGGACAACUUAGUUUUACUCCCAGUAGCUCAAGCUAGAGUGUUUACAGUCUAGAGUAUCCGACUGCAGACAGUGGUUUGACACUGACUGCUUGUACAGUAGGUUGCACAGGCGGAUAGCUACGGAAAGAAGGUUUGGACGAGAACCUUGUUUAUUGCAGCCCCUUCUCCCAGCAAUAGCAGCUGCUUUAGCUGCAGGGUGAAGCUUGCGCCGCAAUCCAGCCUAGCACCGUGCACAGAUUGGGCACGGAGGUGUCACAAAGCUGCACCAGUGAUUCGCAGUAGUUUCUCUCACCAGCUUCCGGUCUCCGAAAAGAUCGAAAAGUCGCGAAAAUGCUGGCCAUACAUCGUGACAUAGGCUACUUCUGCUGGCAUGCGUACC